AACAGGAAGGCGAGAAGCCGCACCGGGGUCCUUCCUUUACGGCGGCGGCGCCACCAGCGUCAGGGCCAGCCGAAGAGUUCUUUGCUCACUGGGCGGCUCCUCCCCAGAAGAAGGGGUUAGCUAAAGCCCCCGGCAGCGGCGAACUCUCGGCACCGGCCCUGAAGCAAGGGCGCCAGCAAAGAGGCGGGCUCGCUCGACGCUCCUCGGACACCCAGCGGGAUGGACCUGAACGAGCUUCUGGACGAGGAGGGCGCGUUCUCCCUGAGCGGUUUCCAGGAGUUCACGUUUCUUCCCAGGCACCAGCAGCUAAGUGAUCGCGUACGCAAGCGGCUUUACUAUGGCUGGGAUAAAGACAGUGCCCUUGAUAACCUUUCAAGUCCGGUUGCAGAUAUUGCUGUUGAAUUACUCCAGAAAGCUGCUCCCAGUCCCAUUCGGAGGCUCCAGAAAAAAUAUGUAUCUCGCGUCUCCCGGGAGGCUUGCAUCUCCCCCUGCUCCAUGAUGUUGGCACUGGUUUACAUUGAGAGGCUUCGGCACCGCAAUCCUGAAUACCUACAACAGAUCUCAUCCUCGGACCUCUUCUUGAUCUCCAUGAUGGUUGCCAGCAAGUACUUAUAUGACGAAGGGGAAGAGGAGGAAGUCUUCAAUGAUGAAUGGGGUGCUGCAGGCAAGGUGGACGUGCAGACCAUGAACACACUGGAGAUGAAUUUCCUCAGUGCCAUUGACUGGAGCCUCUAUACAGACCCUAAGGAGCUUUUUGAAGUGCUCAGCUGGCUGGAGGGAAGUGUGGCUGAGAGGCAGGGUGUCCGACGUGGCUGGUUCACCUACACUGACCUGUGUGUCUUAAUGGAGCAAACACUGUGGCAGCAGGCGUUGGGUCAGUUCUACCAGCAGGUGGCCAAGCUGGCUUGCAUUCUCGGUGUGGUGUACCUGACAGGCAUCGCUGCUGUCCUUGCUUCGGUGGCAGUGGUGCAUCAUACUGUACAUGUGAAGAGGGCUGGUCCAACUGAGCUCGCCAGCACUAGGGCCGCUCUAGCUCCAUGCCUGCCUUUCCCUUCUUCGGUGCAGCAUCUGGGUCACAGCUUGGUGCUGCCUAACAGCUCCCCAUGUCCAGGGGCAGAGAACAGAACCGUUCAAGGCGAGCAGCAGCAGCAGCAGCCACAGCAGCAGCUAGGAAGCAAUGGUGCCGUGGCUACAGCACUCUACCUGUGGAGCAGCGUCUUUAAUGCAUUCUCUUACCCACCACCAGCCCCCAUCAAUCCCUCACUUUGUCCGCGCUGCAGUCAACCCAUCACCUGUGUGGCUGCCAACCACACAGCUUGCACCCGCCCCACGUCACAGUCUGCUCCCUUUGGACUUGCUGCCCGCUGCACCAGUUGCUCUUGCUGGAGCUGGCACCUUCCUGUGUCCCCUAGCUGCAAAGACUGGCCUGAACCACUGGCACUGCAGCAGUGCCCCCUCCAGGCUGCCUUGGAGCUUGGAAGGAUCAAGGCUUUCAUGUUCCCUAGCUAGGGCUGGAGGGAGGGGACACAGCUUAGACUUGGGGGUGGUGUGGGGGAAGAGGUGCACCUGGGUGGGAAAUGCUGUGGAUGUCUGAAAGGGGUAGGGCACAGAGCAGGAAAGGCUGGGAGAUGGAAAGGGGGCCCUAGCGGUCUGUAUCCCAGUGGAUGCCAACUCCCUUUGCUGGGUAUGCCCGCACAAGUUGGCAGCUGUGCUUAAAGGCCACAAGGAAGGAUGCAUCUCAUCUUAGGAGUGCAAAGCUUGGGUAGGAUGAAGACUGAAACAGUGAGGCUGGGGGUCUUUCGUAGCCCUUCUACUUCAGCUGGGUCUUUCCUCCAUGACUAAAACUUGCGUGGGUUCACACAUUGGGAGUGCUAGCAUCAGGCCCAUGGAUCACCUCACUUGGCUCAUGGAUCGCUUUCUCGCUUGGCUCUCUGUGUGGCGGUGUGCUUGGGGGACUUGUGACUACCACCAUGGUGACGAGCGCCAGCAUUUCUUCACAUUCAGGCCAUCAAGCGAUGACCACGCAAUUAGUAGAAUGUGUGAACUUGUUCUUUUUGUCCUGAGCCUGCCAGACUGCCUGCCUUGCUUUCCCUAGCAAAGAUGAUCUCCCUUGCUCUGUCAGAACCGUGCCUGGGGUCUUCUUUAGCCAUAGCGUUGGGAAGGAAAGGGUGACAAUUGCCGGGGGAAGCUCAGGGCCCUUUAACAUCCAUUUAGUUCAUUGUUUUGGUGCCCCUGAUCUGUAUUUGUGAGUGCUUGACUGCCCCCUCUAUUUCUUGGGGUGGGAGGGGGUGGAUGGAUGGCAGCCAUUCUUACACCCUGUUCUUACAGCACUUUUUUGCUGUAGUUUUUCACUAUUUCUUGUAGACGGGAUCUCUUCUAAUAAAGGUAGCUGUUCAUGUG